AUGGAUUACGCCCAAAAACAGGUGGGCAGUACAGUCCCUCCGGCAUGCUGCGAUUGGCUGAAAGCAACUUUUGUUGAAACCGAACCCUCCGUCGACGACAAGAAGAAUUCCUGUCAGUGCCUCAAAGCUGCUCUCGGGGAUACUACAGGUCUGAGGGAUAAAAGGUUGAAAAAAAUCCCAGGCCUUUGUGGCGUUACGCUCCCUUUCACGCUUCGCAAGAAGCCCAACUGUGAUAGCUAUGUAGUUUCUACAUAUAUAUUCGUUACUCGUUAUUACAUAUUUAUAGAUCACAAACUUUGCUCCUUCUUGUGGUUUCAGCAUAAAAAACUGAAACAGGAGGCCGCCCACCAAUAG